GGAGGGGGGGCGGAGGAGAAUAAGAGACAGACCCUGACACAAAGCCGUCACUUCACUGGCGGCUUGUCAGUUACGAGGGGAGCGGGAGGUUAGCGGCGGGGCUUUGACACCGACCACCUUUGGGUGUCUUGUGUUGUUACGGGAGCAGAGUUCACGGCGGAAGGAGCCGACCUUCCUUUAUGUGUGUGCACCGCCGCGAGCUCUUUCACCGCGAGCGGCGCAGAAGUCAUUACGCGUGUACGCGCGGUAUCCGAAAGGGUCAAUUUAUUCGCCUUCUCCGCUUACCGGAGGGGGUUUCUCCCCGUGAAGUUGGCUUUGUGGUUGAACACCGGCGCGUCUCGAGUGUCCAGCGAGCGGACGGGACGAUGUCUGCCUGCCUACGCGGUCGGCGAAAGGCGGUUCGUCGCGAGCGAUGCGAAAAUGUAGUGCCGGCGCGCAUUUAGCUAGCUAAGCUAGAGAGCUAGCUGCCGCUGCUACUGUAGCCAUAAGGUAGAAGAGCCCCCCUCCCUCCCCAUUUAAACACGCGCGCGCACGCACUGAGGAGACUUUGAAGCAUGCUGCAUGCGCACUAAAUCAGUCCUCAGUGUUUCGGCCUACAUUUGCGACAUUAAGCUCAUUUGUUGAGUCGCUGCAGCUGCAGAAAUCCAGCUUUUUGUUGCUUUUUGUCAGUAGGCGGAAUGAUUUUUCUCUAAACCUUACUGCGGCGGUGUAGCGCUCCGGUUGGUUGGGUGGCUGCUGCUGCUGGCAGGCGUUGGUGGGCUUCUUGAAGGACUCUGAAGGAUGACCAUCGCACAGUUUGCUGCUGAAUCUCGGUGAACAAACGGCAUCUCAUGUCCAAACAGCUGAAGGAUGGCUCAUGGCAAAGUGACCAUCACAGUGGACGAGUACAGCUCCAACCCGACACAAGCCUUCACGCAUUACAACAUCAACCAGAGCCGCUUCCAGCCGCCGCACGUCCACAUGGUGGACCCCAUUCCUUAUGACACUCCCAAGCCAGCGGGACACACCAGGUUUGUGUGUGUUUCAGACACACAUUCGCGCACCGACGGCAUCCAAAUGCCAUACGGCGAUGUGCUGCUACACAUGGGGGACUUCACUGAGCUGGGCUUGCCAUCUGAAGUCAAGAAGUUCAAUGACUGGCUAGGUGGCCUACCGUAUGAGUUUAAGGUGGUGAUUGCGGGUAACCAUGAGCUGACUUUCGAUAAGGACUUCAUGGCGGAGCUAAUCAAGCAGGAUUAUUACAGAUUCCCUUCGGUCUCCAAACUUAAGCCAGAGGACUUUGACGAUGUUCAGUCACUUCUCACAAACUGUGUAUACCUGCAGGACUCAGAUGUGACCAUUAAGGGAUUCAGGAUAUAUGGAACACCAUGGACUCCAUGGUUUAAUGGUUGGGGGUUCAACCUACCUCGAGGUCAGUCGCUGCUGGAGAAAUGGAAUUUGGUGCCUGAGGGCAUCGACAUCCUGAUGACCCAUGGACCUCCUCUGGGUUUCCGGGAUUGGGUUCCUAAAGAGCUGCAGCGGGUUGGAUGUGUGGAGCUGCUCAACACAGUACAGAAACGGGUGCGACCCAAACUUCACUGCUUUGGGGGAAUCCACGAAGGGUACGGCAUCAUGACCGAUGGCUACACCACCUUUAUAAACGCAUCGACCUGCACGGUCAGCUUCCAGCCCACAAACCCCCCCAUCGUGUUCGACCUGCCAAACCCAUCCAGCUCCUGAGGCCGCGGGACCGGGGAGGUGGGCGGGGCUUGAUAAUAGCAGUGAUAAACUACUUCUUUUAUAUAAAUAUGUCCGUUUGGAAAGAAAAAAAUGUUAAAAAUGCUUUUUUUUGGUUGUUUUUUGCUAUUUUUAUGCUCUUCUCAGACAGAAAAGAAUUGAAGACGGGCUGGGGGGGUGGGAUUUAAAGGAGAAUACCGGGGAUCUUGGAGGUUUGUGCCAACAGUCCAGCUGCCUUGCUUCGAUUCAUGGCAGCCAGCAUUGUAAAGUUUCCUUCUUUUUUUCUUCUUAAUCCUCUGUUGCAGCUGACGCAACAAAAUAAUGGUUUUGUAUUUCAUUGAGCAGACAUGCCCCCCCCCCCUCGCUGCCACGUCCAGGCCGUAACCCGUAGAAACAUAUUGCCUUAGCGUGGGGCACCAGGUGAAGGCGGAUUUGAAAACUUCAAACUUCAUUCAUGCAGGUUUUGUGAUCACAUCUUAUUUUGUGUUCACAGAAAACCCAAUUAUGAGAAAUAUUUUCUCGCAUGUUUCUCCACAUUUUCAAAACCUGUAUUUGUCAACAAGUUCUUCUGCUUUGUACCAGUAUUCUCCUUUGAAGGCUUUCUUUGUGGUUAAACAAUCUCGCUCUUGAUAAAUAUUGGUCAGAUCUGUAAGACGAAUGACGCUUUGUGAAUUUGUACAAUUUCUUUCUUCGGUUUGCUGGACAAUGUAUGCCGUUUGAUUUUAUUGUGUCGUAAGAUACGUUUUUUUUAUCUUUUUGAUCUCACGUCAGUUUUCUUUUUUAUUUUUUUACUAGCUGACACGGACGCUGCCUUAAACUAGCUUUAUCGUUGUCAGCGAACGCCCCUCUCUGCGAGCUCAAAGGAUGCUCCUUAUUUAUUACCCAUCAUCCCCGCAGACUGAAGCAGGGGCAAAAAUCUUCUCAUUUAUUUCUUCGACUCUUUGCCAUUUUCUGACCUAAUUUGGAAAAUGUAUGUAUAAAAAUAUAUAUUAUAUAUUAAUGUUGUAAAACAUCUGUACUAAAGGUUGUGUUUGACAAAAAAGCAAAAAAAAAGAAUCAUCAGGUGCAUUUUUUUGGUUUGUACCUGUAAGAUUGCCAUGUUUUUUAUGCUCCCAUGAAACACUUUUCAUGCAUUUCUUUACUGUUUUUAAUCAAAGGCCAAUAGGGUGGACAUUUUUGAAGGAGAGGGGAAAUGUAUGGUUCACAAUCCAACAGGUGUUAUUGUUCCCAACAACUCACCUGCCUAAACAUGGUUAAGUUGUCUUUUCAAGUGUAAAUCUGGUAGUAUUUGUGUUUCUUGCUUUUUUUUCUUCUAAUUUUGCACUGUGUAAAUGCAAUCUUGCUAGCACAAAAAAAAUGGUUGCCAAUAGUUGUUUGAACAGCUGUAAAUGCUCUUUUCGUGCUCUGUUCCUCUCGCGCUUUCUCUGAUUGUAUCCUUCUUCAUGGAAAUGUUAGUUCUCUUUUUCAGUUCAUUGUGAUAUAUUUAGCUGCCUUUAUAUGCAAAUAAAAAUGCAAGAUUUUUACUUAAAACUUA